AUGUACAAUGAGAUAAAUGAGUGCCUGACAAAACAAACUUCCUUACCACAAUUUCCACCUAGUAUCAUCUUGGCCAAUCAGCUUCCUAGAACUUCGCUAACUUUGUAUAUACAGGCUUCAAGUAUCACAAGAGUGAGGUGUAUCCCCACUUCAGUACUACAGUGUAACACAUUUCUCAACUCCCCUAAAGUUCACUUUGUGGGCAAAGGGGUAGUUUCAAUAAGGCAUCUUAUGGAAUUACAAUACUUCUUCACUCCAUAUGUAUACUCACUAUUGAUUCUCUUUAUCUGA